AUGUCAAUAUCUCAGCUACCUCAAGCUACUGUUCGUCAGCUUGGCUCCUCUGUCGUCAUCCCAUCUCCUGUGUCACUUGUCAAGGAACUCGUAGACAAUGCUAUUGACGCCCAUGCAAACCAUAUCGAGAUCAGAACUUCCGCAAACGCAAUAGACAAAAUCCAGGUCAGAGACAACGGUCACGGUAUUAGCUCAGAAGACUACGAUGCUCUUGGACGCCGGUCCCACACCAGUAAGCUUCGGACUUUCGAGGAGCUUCAAUGCAAGGGAGGCCAAACACUCGGCUUCCGCGGCGAUGCCUUGGCAAGCGUAAAUGCCGUCUCGAAGCUUACCAUCACGACGAGAACGACCCGUGAUCCAGUGGCGAUCUUGCUGGUACUAAACCCCAAGGGCGGUGGAUUUACGGAUAAGAAGCAUGUUGCGGGCUCCGUUGGGACUACCGUCGACGUCUCGGACUUGUUUGCCAACAUUCCGGUUCGCAGGCAACAAAUUCUGAAGGAGAGCAAGAAAACAUACGCACAGAUCAAGGACCUCCUACAGUCCAUUCCCAAGCCCUUCAUACGCUUGAAUGUCGAAUGCAGGCUCGGAAGCUACGACCCCAACGUAACCACGGCCAAAGACGAGGUCAUCUUUGCAAACGAGCCAAAAUUACUGUCCCUAUUCGAAGACAUGUGCAAGGGGAUAUACCGAGCAACCGAGCCCGACAUUACAGCUGAAGUGGUCACGGAAAGUCACCAAGGUGCAUACGAGCGAGCUAGACAUCAAGGUCCGGAUCUUCUUCCAGACGACGAAGAGAACUAUGACCUCCUGCAAGAAUUGGUCUCGGUCGACGGGAAGAGUCAGGAAAGAGUACUGACCGGCCUGGGUUCCCCUGAAAGUGGACAGCAGCUGCCAGAACCCCCCGAUAGAGAGCAUUCACACGGUCGUAAAGCUGUGCCUGGGGCGGUGGAAGAUCUGAGUUGUCCCGCUUCUCUGGAUCACAGCUCAAUAGAUAUCGAGUACAGCACUGUCAUAGACAGUUCCCCUUCCUCGGACCCAGGGCAAGCACGAAUUGGCCGAGGAGAUGAGGGGGAUACUCAGGAGGCAGUGCUCACCCAAACCCUCCUUCGGACUGGUUGGGAAGUGAAUAUGGCUAGAGAAGAGACUGCCAGUCCCGAGGGUCAAACGCAGCUGGUUCUUCUGGGGCCUCCCAGCACCGACGUACACGAGUUCAUCCAGUCACAAAUGGAACAGCAGACACAAAGAGAGGAACCAAACCCGUGGUCUUUGGCCAGGAAGGCGGCAGCAAACCAUUCGGCUCGCCGCGAAGAUAUAUCUGGCCUCCAAUACACGGGCGAACAAAGGGACGGCGAUACAACUCCUCGCCAGCAAGGCCAUGCCCCCAAUUUAGCAGAUACUAUGCAAGAGGCCGAUGAAGUAGUCAGCCAAGAGAUCGAAGAUCGAGAAUUUUCUCGUCAGCAGAAAUCCCAACCCCAUUGGUUACCUGCAGCAGCAAGGGAGGGUAUUUACGAACCAGAUACCUUGAAACCACCGAUACUACAACACCCUGCCGCCCCACCGACAAGUCAUCAGAUUCCAAGACACCGGGAACAGCGAAGAAUUCCAAGAGAUGAGGAGGCAUUCCAUUCAUCCUUUACUGGACACGAAAUCGAAGACCUGGAAAUAAUACCGCAGAGGGGCCCAGGUGUUCGCCAACGCAUCGGUGCCAAGACGCCGUAUCCCUUUACAGAUCUUGACGAGAGUAGUGUGCUUGGCACGCCUCCUCCGUCUUCCAGUCCAUUGCGAAAGCCAUUCCGAGUACCUGCCCGCAUUGAACAAGGUAGCAACCGUCAUGGACGACAGGCACCGCUGAGGCCUGCCCAGGCUGCUCGGAGAUUUGAGCCUCGUAGGGCAGACGGACUGAGACAAAGCAAGCUUGCCGUUAACACACGAAGAGAUAUACAGCACCCGGAGCUCAAGGAUACAUCAGGUUAUUGCUUUCCUUCAAUUGAGUCCAGAAGAGAUAAUUACAAUGAUGUCGAAGAGACGAGGAAGUCAAAGCAUCGGUAUAAGCAAGCCAGCCCAGAUCCAAACGAGAGGCAGAUGUUGGAGAGAUUGAACGCUCUACGCCACAGAACUGAAGACGUAGGCAUCCAGGAAGUGGCGUUUCACAUGGGUAGUAAUGAAAUGGAGAAUAUCAGCAACAAGCUUCAAGAAAUUGUGUGCGCCUGGGUGUAUGAGAAGCAUGGAGUUGAGGUGGAGCUCGAGGUUGAUAUUGGUGCAUUGUGCGAUGGAGAAGACAUAGGAGUAUAG